GCCACCUGGAAUUUUGGCCGACGUGGAACUCGAUGAUGUCGUCUCUCUCUCUCUCUGCGUGUGUGUCACAUACGGCUGAUAGGGACCGGUUGUUGAAUGUUUAGUGUAAAUCCUAGCUGGUGUGCGAAACGCGAGCAUUAUUUGUGAUUAUUGAACAGAACAAAAAAAAAAUAUCAGGAUGUCUACUGCAUCGGAACUUGCAUGCUACACUCUGAUUCAGAUGCCAAGUGAUUCUGAACCACCAAAUGAAAUGCAAUUUAAAAAUGAUAUUGAGAAAGGAGACACCAAGACAAAAAUUAAGGCUUUGAAACAGCUGAUCUAUAUGAUGUUGAAUGGAGAAAAAAUGCCAGGACUUCUCAUGUAUGUUAUUCGCUUUCUGCUGCCCAUGCAAGACCAUACCAUGAAAAAGUUACUUUUAAUCUUCUGGGAAAUUGUGCCGAAGACCCGGCCAGAUGGAAAACUUCUUAAUGAGAUGAUAUUGGUGUGUGAUGCCUACCGCAGGGACUUGCAGCAUCCUAAUGAGUUCAUCCGUGGCUCAACUCUGCGAUUCCUCUGCAAACUCAAAGAACCUGAACUCCUCGAACCACUGAUGCCUGCUAUCACUGAAUGUCUUGAACAUCGCCAUAGUUACGUCCGUCGUAAUGCUGUCCUUGCUAUCUUCACAAUUUACAAGAACUUUGACUUCUUGAUUCCCAAUGCUCCUGAACUUAUCCACAACUUCCUGGAGCAGGAGAAGGAUGCUUCCUGUAAACGCAACGCCUUCAUGAUGCUUAUUCAUGUCGAUCAGGAGCGUGCUCUUGAUUACCUCAGCACUUGUAUUGAUCAGAUUAACAGUUUCAAUGACAUCCUUCAACUGGUCAUCGUGGAGCUUGUAUAUAAGGUGUGUCAUGCAAAUCCAUCGGAACGUUCUCGUUUUAUCCGUUGCAUCUACAACUUGCUUCAGUCAACAAGUGCUGCUGUACGAUAUGAAGCUGCUGGUACACUUGUCACACUCUCUAGCGCCCCCACUGCCGUUAAGGCCGCAGCGUCAUGUUACAUUGAGUUGAUCAUCAAAGAAAGCGAUAACAACGUCAAACUGAUUGUUCUUGAUCGUUUGAUCAGCCUCAAGGAGGAUCCAGCUCAUGAGAAAAUACUCCAGGAACUUGUGAUGGAUAUAAUGCGAGUAUUGUCAGCCUCUGACUUGGAAGUCAGGAAGAAGACCCUGGAUUUAGCCUUGGAUCUUGUCUCAUCUAGAAACGUUGAGGAGAUGGUACUAGUUCUCAAGAAGGAAGUCACAAAGACCCACAACACUGGAGAACAUGAAGAUACUGGCAAAUACAGACAGCUUUUAGUGCGCACUUUGCAUACUUGCAGCAUUAAGUUCCCAGACAUUGCUGCUCAAGUUAUUCCAGUGUUGAUGGAAUUCUUGAGUGAUGUCAAUGAGCUUGCUGCUUCUGAUGUUCUUGUGUUUGUUCGUGAAGCUAUCCAGCGCUUUGAACAAUUGAAGUCACUCAUCAUCUCAAAGUUGCUUGAGGUCUUUCCUACCAUUAGGAAUGUCAAGAUUCACCGAGCUGCCCUGUGGAUUCUUGGAGAGUAUUGUACUAGUGUUGAAGACAUUCAGAGUGUUAUGACAGAGAUCCGUAACUCGUUGGGAGAAAUUCCAAUUGUCGAUGAUGAGAUGCGCAAAGCUGCUGGCGAAUCUACUGAUGAGGAAAGUGUUCAGAUUACAAGUGGUCGACGCCUUGUGACAGAUAUGGGAACUUAUGCCACUCAGAGCGCCCUCAGCUCUGCUUCCCACAGCACCUCAGAUGACAACAGACCACCUUUAAGAGGAUUCCUUAUGGAUGGUGAGUUCUUUGUCGGUGCAUGUUUGGCGACAGUUCUCUCCAAGCUUGCCUUCAGAUACGUUGACAUGGUCUCCAGCGAAAAGAAGCAAAAUGCCUUUCUUGCUGAAGCUAUGUUGAUUAUGGCGACUACCAUCCAUCUUGGCAAGUCAGGUCUUGCUAAGAAGAACAUUACCGAUGAUGACGUGGACCGCAUUUCAAUGUGUUUGAAAGUUCUGUCAGAGCGCCAUCCGCUCAUGUCCAACAUAUUCCAGCUGCAAUGUCGUGCUUCACUCGAAGCUAUGUUGCUAGCUAAGCAGAAGGAAGAUACAUCCUCCAAGAAGAACUUGUUUGACAGGAAGAGUGUCAAGAUUCAGCCUGAUGACCCUAUCAACUUCAUGCAGCUUCUAGCAAACACUGAAAAUAGCAGCUCCCAGGACCAAUUGACCAUGAGUCUGACACUGGCUACUAUGGGUGUGUCUACUCGCAAAGAGGCUGCUGACAUAUCCUCCUCCAAGCUGAGCAAAGUCACCCAAUUGACCGGCUUCUCUGACCCGGUGUACGCAGAGGCCUACAUCAACAUCAACCAGUAUGACAUUGUCUUGGAUGUACUAGUGGUGAACCAGACUGCAGAUACUCUUCAGAACUGCUCUUUGGAGCUGGCUACACUCGGUGAUCUGAAGCUGGUAGAGAAGCCUCAGCCGAUGACGCUAGGCCCCCAUGACUUCUGCAACAUCAAGGCUAACGUUAAGGUAGCAUCCACUGAGAAUGGCAUCAUCUUUGGCAACAUAGUGUAUGAUGUAACUGGUGCUGCCAAUGAUCGCAAUGUGGUUGUACUCAAUGAUAUUCACAUCGAUAUUAUGGACUACAUUGUCCCUGCUACUUGUACUGACGCUGAAUUCCGAACUAUGUGGGCUGAGUUUGAGUGGGAGAACAAGGUGACUGUGAAUACCAACAUUGCUGAUUUACCAGAAUACCUAAAGCAUGUACUUAAGUGUACUAAUAUGAGAUGUCUCACACCAGAGAAGGCUUUGUCUGGCGAUUGUGGAUUCAUGGCAGCCAACCUCUAUGCCCGUUCCAUAUUUGGUGAAGAUGCUCUAGCCAAUCUAAGCAUUGAGAAGCCUGUAACUGCUUCUGCUGAAGCCCCAGUCCAAGGCCAUAUUAGAAUCCGUGCUAAGAGUCAAGGCAUGGCUCUCAGCUUGGGGGAUAAGAUAAAUUUGUCUCAGAAGAAAGACAGGGAUUCUAAGUAGGGGAUAAGACCUAAUCUGAUAGAAUAAUUAUGAUCUGAUAGAUUGUUCUUAAAUUAGAUCAUCUUAGUAUUUAGGUAUUCCAAUGUGAAAUCAAUUAUUUACCAUAGGAACCCUUACGAGCUAAAAAAAAAAUAACUAUACAUGUAUUUAAGUAUUUGUUGCACUUAUGUAUAACUAUAAACUAGCAAGCUAAAAUAUAAAUAAUAAUGAUGGUGUUAACCAUGUGGAAGUGAUACUUGCCUGACUUUAAUGUUUGUGUACUAAUCAUUCAUAAUAUAUUGUCCUCAAAAGAUUUCUGGUGGAAACAUUUCAAUUACUUUCAUAACAUUAUUUACUUUUGCACUGAUAUUGAUCUUAUUCCAGGUUAAAGUUUACACUUACUUUGCACAGAAUUUACAUAGAAUGUAAUUACUCAGAUAUCCAUUGAUAUUACCAGAUAUUUGCAUAUCCAUAAAAGUGGUCAAAAUAAGGAACAUAUAUAUUAAUUUUUACAGUAAUUUAUUGUACUGUUCACAUAUGUUGAAAUACAUUUAUGCAUAGGUCCCAAUUGCUAAUGUUUUUUUUUGUUAACAUGGUGAAUAAUAAUGCUUGUACAAUAUUUAUAUAGUGCAUAGUAUAAAUUGUCUUAUUCGUAUGUUGCCAAAUCCCCUAUGUUUAAAAUACUCAGUAGCCAGUAAAUAAAGCAUGAAUUGUGUUAUUAAUACAAGGUAUGGUAAACGUAAUAUUAAGUUUUUAAUGACGAGCUAUCUGGGACAGUUUGACAUCAUCGUGAGGAAUGUGCUCAUGCGCAUUAUGUUCCUGUUUGAAUAUGGUAGAGUUCAUUCGUUGGGGAUGUAAAAGCAACUUGGCAUCCGCGGUAAACAAAGUGUCAUGGAAUUUCUGGGAGGGUUGGAAUUCAACCUUAUAUCAUGUUCAUUAAAAUUAUAACUACAGUAUAUAAGUAAACAA